UCGCCGAUCUUUACAGCAUCGCCUCACCACUUCCGUUCCGCGGUUGCUUAGCGAGCUCAACAAGUGCGUGCAAUAUCACCUUUUAUUUAUUUAUUUGAUCCCCCACUGGAUCGCUUUGCUUGCCCAAAGAAACGAAAAGAAAAGCAAAGCAAAGCAAACGCAAUUCCUUUUACCAAUUGCGCGCGUUUGCUUUAUAAAGAUAAAGAAAGAAUCGCCCGCUACUUGUCUACUCACCAGCAACAACCACGCGCGACAAUAAUAGCACUAGCUACUCUACUCUCCCCCGCUAAGGCAUGGCCAUGGCCGUGACGAGCCCCGCCAAAGGCAGCGGCGUCGCCUCACCCCCACCGCCGGGCGUUGAGAAGACGAACGACUCCUACAACGGGCACGGUGCGCCCGGGACGAGGACGGCGGCCAGGGCCGAGCACGAGGACCUGCAGGCGCUCGACGAUAUCGUGCUGGUGCUGCGCGCGGGCGCGGCGCUUGCGGCGUUCGUGGCCGUCGCGCUCGUCGCGUCCUGCCGCCACGGGGACUGGAUGGAGUUCGCAAGAUACCAAGAGUACAGGUAUCUUCUCGGGGCGUCCGUGGUGGCGUGCGUCUACUCGGCGGCGCAGGCUCUGCGCAACUUUCGCCGGAAGCGCGGCCCGACCUCGGUGGGUUUUCUUGAUUUCGCCGGCGAUCAGGUGGUGGCGUAUUUACUGAUCACGGCGUCGUCGGCUGCUCUCCCCAUCACGAUCCGCAUGAGAUCAGCCGUGAUCAACAUCUUCACGGACGCCAUGGCAGCCGCCAUCAGCUUGGGUUUCAUCGCCUUUGCGGCGCUCGCCUUCACCGCCAUGCUCUCCGUCUUCAGGCUCUCCGCGCAACAUAGUAGCCAGCUAGCUGCCACAAAUAUAGUCAUUAACUAGAUCUCCGUUACAAAUUUCUCUCUGAAAAGAAUUAUUUCAUUGUACGAUACCCUCCUCUCCUCCAUCAUUCUAUUCUAUAUAUGUGGCACGUAAUGUUUGCGUCA